GUCUUGUGAAGGGUCACCCAGCCGAGAAUGGAGACCCGUAGAGUAGCGAAGAGGGCGCCUCACUAUCUCCGCCAACUGUACUCAUCUCUGCUGGGGACGAGGGACGGGAGGAGAGAGAGACUGGUGAUUCUGGGGACUGGCUGGGGCAGCUACAGCGUCCUCAAGAAGGUGGACAAGAAACGUUUCGACGCCAUCGUCAUCAGCCCUCGGAACCACUUUCUCUUCACCCCUCUGCUGGCCAGUACGACCGUCGGCACGUUGGAGUUCCGUAGCAUCAUUGAACCAGUGAGAAACACAGGGUUUAGAGAUGAGCAUCAUUUCCACCUGUCCUAUGCCAGUGAUCUGGACACUGAUAGACGUGUGGUACACUGCACCAGUAGCCUGGACCCCAACCAUCAAUACGAGGUGCCGUACGAUCGACUAGUGAUCGGUGUUGGAGCUGACACCAAUCACUUCAACAUACCUGGAGUCCUGGAGAACGCCUUCUUUCUCAAAGAGAUUGCAGAUGCGAGAAAUAUUCGGAACCAGAUAAUGGUCAACUUUGAGCUGGCGACGCAGCACGACGCAGAGCCAGAGGAGAGACGACGACUCCUGCAUUUCGUGGUGGUUGGAGGCGGACCCACUGGAGUGGAGUUCAGUGCAGAGUUCUAUGACUUUCUGGCACAGGAUCUCCAGCGGCUGUUCCCAGAUGAGAAGGACACGGUUCGAGUGACUCUAGUGGAGGCCAACGAGAUAUUGUCUGCAUUUGACUCCAGACUGCGCUCCUACACUGAGCGUCUCAUCAGCAAGAGGAGUGCCAUGAACAUUGUCAAGGCUGCCGUUACAAAGGUGGCAGAGAAGGCAGUGCAUCUGAGUGAUGGAAGUGUUCUUCCAUGUGGCAUGGUCAUCUGGUCCACUGGAGUUGCACCCAGGCAGUUUACGAGAAAAGUGUCGCUGGAGAAGAACAGACAAGGUCAGAUUCUGGUGGACUCUCACCUCAGAGUACUGGGUGACACGUCCGGCAGAGUGUUUGCUCUGGGAGACUGCGCACAGGUGGAGGGACACACUCUCCCUUGUACCGCCCAGGUUGCAGAGCGACAGGGACGGUACCUAGCCAGAGCUCUCUCCCACCAACAUUCUCCAGCUAGCCCCGAGCCCGCGCCAUUUGUGUUCAAGCCGUGGGGGAUGCUGGCAUAUGUAGGGGGCUACCAGGCACUGCAUGACACCCCCUACGACAAGUCACACGGGUUUCACUCGUGGUUGCUGUGGCGUUCGGCAUACACCACGCAACUUGGCAGCUGGCGGCUCAGGAUGCAGGUACCAAUUGACUGGACGAAAACAUACUUUUUUGGCAGAGAUACUUCGAGAUUUUAGCUCUACAUAAUUUUUUAAAAUCAUCUUAUCAUCCUUAAAAAAUAUUCACAUAAUCAAAGAUGAUGUUUGGUGGUUACAAGGAGUGAAGUAACGUUGCAGUGAUAAAUAAAAAUUGUGCAUGUUUUGAUGUGCACAGACGUGUGGAUUAAUAAGAGAAUGAGGUGGGUUAAAAACAAGUGAGAGUUUUGAUGGUGCAGUUGAACAUGAGGCGGUGAGACGUACAGAUGUAACAACAGCUGUCUUACUAUCUGAUACAAAACUGCAGAUGUGUGGAAGUUGAUGCCGGAGAAAGCGGUGUGGAGAGUGUGUGCGUGGUAUACAACUAACACUGGACCAACAAAGCUAGUGACUGCAAAGCCUCAAAAUCUGAUACUUGUGCGUGGGUAGAAACGUUUGCCUGCAACUAGAGUCUUUUCAAGCGUCGUCUGCUGGCGCUUUUCUUGACGGACAAGUUGGCAUCGAAUCCCGUGAAGCUGUCGUCAUCAGGUGAGGUCAUCGAGCGACGUCUCAGCUGAGUCGGUUGCGUUAGAGACGGAGAAUGAGGAAAGAGACAGCGACGAACUAUGUAGCUGGAAUCUUCGUCGAUUACCCUGCGAACGUGGUGAGACCCGCUCUGCGGAGUGUUCAGGACUGGGCUCUGCAUCGCCUGACGUCUCGCACUGCGACGC